AUGAGCCCCGGUCGUGCUGCUGGUCCCGAGGCGGCUACCGGCGAUGGUAACUUCUCCGGGCAAGAUGACGGCCGCUGCCCAUUGGAGGACCUGCUCCAGAUGCGCGAGGUAUCCGAGUAUCUCCAUGUCUACCGGACCCAACGCCAGCGCUACAUCAUCACCCUCAAUGCCUGCCAGGAUCUGUCAUCGCGCAUUCGUUCCGCCCUGCCGCGGUUCAUGCCGCCGACGAAUCCCGUGCGCGAGCUGAGCCUCGCCCAGCAGGCUCUCCUGCGCCUGUGGAAGGUCCCGGACUCCGAGCUGGACCUGUACCGCGGGCUGUAUGAGGGGUUUCAUGAGGGCGCCCCCCCGUCGCGAUGGUCGAAUGGCGAGCCGAGCGACGCCGGGUCCAUGCCGAAUCCCGAGCCGCCGCCCGCGGAAAUGGGGUUCUCCCUGCGCGGGUCCGUCCUCCUGACGUCGGACACCGAGCGGGCCGACCAGUCGCGCCUGCUGUGGGCAACGCUCGUGUGGCUUCUGCGCAUGGUGUGCGAGGACAUCGCCUCGCUGGGGUCGGUGCACAUGUCGGCCGAGCUGGUGGCCCGGCAUCAGCGGCGCUUGCAAAAUGUCCGCCGGCGCCAGCAGCAGCUCCGAUGCCGGCGCCGGGGCUCGCGCCGCGAUGCCUUCCAGAAUGGCGCCAUGCCGGAACCCGGUCGCCUGGUGUACGACUCGGCCAGGCUGACCCCCGGCCGGAGGCACCCGCUCCAUGGCAUGCGGGCCCGGAUGGCUGCCUACUCCACGCCGCCGACAUCCGAGUCGGCUUCCACAACCUCCACAUCGCAGGCCGGCGCCGCGCUCGACACCCAUCACGCCUGGCUGACGCGGCUCUUCUCGGCCCCGCGCGAUCUGGCGGCCGUGGACAAGAUCCUCACCCGGGCCUCGCGCGCUCUGCAGCUGGUGGUCCUGGCGUGGCCCACCUGCCGGGCCAAUGACUGCCGGUAUCGCCAGGUCCUUUCCAGCGACGGCGAGGCCAGCAACGACUCGCACGGCAGCGGCAUCAGCACCCCGGCCAACGGCACCGGGGCCGAGGCCGGCGGCCCCAACGGCAGCCAGGCCGCCGACCGGGACGCCUUCCGCGGCGACGCCAUCCCCGGCGAUUGUUGCAACGAUCACCAUGGGAUGCUUUACUCCUGGUAUCGCAAUCAGAUGUUCGACUGGCGGGAGCUCAGCCCCGGCGAGGAGUCCCGGCUGGAGGGGCGUUUUUGGGUUCUCUCACUGCUGGUGGCUUGCUGCCAGCUGGCCCGACGAAUUACCAACCUGCGGAUCUUGGACAUCCGCCCGGAGCUGAAUCUCAUGCCGGUGGAGCACCGCAGUGGCCUGGUGAAGAUCAUCAACCAAAUUGACACGGCCACCUCGGCGGCCGGGAAUCUCCGCCGGCGCCUCAGCGUCUCCGGGCACGGGCCGCGGCCGGCCAGCCAGCCGGGCAUCCGGCUCGCCGAGGCGGCCGACCCCCCGGACAUCUGGAACGCAUCCACCCACCGGACUCGGCAGUACACCGGCGUGCCGCAUUCCAGCUCCUAUCGCCAGUGGGGCGGCGAGCCCACGGCCGAGCCGUUGCUCGUGGGGCCGGAUGGUAGCAUGGGCCUCGCGGGGGGCAACAUGUCGCCGGCCAUGGUGGAUUCCUAUCGCGGCCACAGCCCCCGCGGCAUGCUGCCGCAAGUGGGGCCGCAGCCCGUCGGGCCGCCCGAGUCGGUGAUCUUCGAGGCGCCAGGGCUCUCGCUGACUUCCCAGGUCCAGGGGCUGCAGGAGCUCAACAUCUACUUCGAGUGCACCAUCGACGGGCGCCUGCGCUACAUGUCGCCCCUGGUCCGGCAUGUUCUAGGGUGCGUGGGGGGCUUGCGAGGGUGCUCGCCACGAUCGACCGGCGGCCUGGGCCGUGGCCCGAGGGACACCGGUGCCGGUGGCGGCAUUGCCUCGGCGGCGCCUGCCGGGUCCGGCGGCCGCGGCACCUAUGACCCGAGCCAAAUCCUAGACACAUACAUUCAGAACUUCAUUCAGGACCCCCCGGGUGCCGGGCGCGUGCCUCGGCUCGCCGAUGAAAAUGUCCACCUCCUCGGAGCCCCGAGCGACGACCGGGCAGCAUCGCUGGCCGCCAAUCCGGCCGGGCCGCGGCUCAAUCUCAGCUCCAUCGACCCGCCGGCCGAUGCCGACCAGCAAGGCAGCACUGUUUCUCGGUCGUUGGCCAGCUUCGACGCGGUGACAGCCCGGCUGGUCCAGCUAUGGCGAGUGCACCAGGCGGAAAUCCAGCGCCAGCGCCAUGGGGCGGACCGGCGGUCCGGCACGAUGACGCCCGAAAAUGCCGGGGCCACGUCCGGCUCCCCGGCGCCCAUGCCCUCCCACUCGACUUCCUCCUCGGACCAAGAGACGGACCCCGCCACCGCCGAGGGCUUCAUCGAGUCGGUCAUUCUCUUUCGACACAUUUCCGGACGGCUGGUCCCCCUCCAGUGCCGGACCGUGCUGGUGUGCGGGCCCUCGAAGGAUGGCUUCCCCCUGAGCACGGUGUGGGUGGCCACGAUGAGGGUCAGGUCGCCGGAUGUCGGCUGCGCACACGUGGGAGUGCCCCUUGGCUGGGACACGGCCCCGGAUGCCAGGCUGAGCCUGGACAAUCCGCACGAGGGCUGCGCCGGCGGCUGCACCACCACCCAGACGUCGGACGAUCGGCGGCCGAUGUCGACCGGCGGCUGGUGGUCCGGGUCCAGCAGCUCCCUCGGGGCCGACACCACCUCGGUGGUGCCCUCGUCCGGGGAUUCGGAUGGCUACUGCUCCAGCAUGGGGGGCCUGGAGGAGGAGGCGGAAAAAACGCCCCCGGCAUCGGGCAGGACACUCGGCCCGGGGGCCGGUGCCGACAACGCGCCGGCCCCCGGCCCGGCCCCCUGGCAGGCCGGCCGGCGAAUGUCCAUCGAACAGCAGUUCCAGUACCUGGCCACCACGGGCCGGCCACCGCCGAUGCUGGGGCUGGUGUCGCGAUCGGGCCUGUGCCGGCGCCGGAGGCGCCUGGCACACAGCAGCCAUGCCCCCGUGUCCGAGGUGGACACCUACCUCCAUGGGGUCCGGUCGCUGCUGGGCCGACGCUCGCCCUACAACCAGUCGGCCAUCUGCGGCUGGUGGUGGGGCUGGUGGACGGUCGACGUCGAGGAGAAGGACAUCCAGCAGGAGAGCUUCCUCCGGUCGGUGGUCCUCAACACCAUGGACGACCUGCAGGAGGAGGAGGAGGAGGAGGAGGAGGAGGGGGAGGAGGAGGACGAUCUUUCCAGCGGGCAUCGUUCCGGUGGCGAGGCCGCCUUCUUGUCCCGGCCCGCGAGGGAGCCCGGGUCUCGCGGGCCCGAGGCCCCGGCCGACGUGACACGGGCCCCGUCGGAGGGCCUGGCCGCGGGCCUGGCCCGAACGCCGGCCGCGGCUCCGGCCCCGGCCGGCCAGACGGAUCCAAGCCGGCCGGAUGCCCGCGGCCGCAUCGACGGCGACCGGGCCGACGGGGGCGCCGGGCCGGAGCCCGGCUUCCGGCUGGAUCGCCUCCAGGUGGAGGCGGUGGGCCUGGCACGCAUCAUGAUCGAGCGGGUGGUCAACACCAGCACCACUUGGGCGUUGGCCCUGACCGCCGGCCGAGACAUGCCAAUGGAAGAGGCGGCCGCCGUGCCAACUUCCCCGAGCGCCGGCCCCAGGGCGCCGGGGCCGGUGGCCGAGUCGCCGCCGGCCCCGGGCGAUGCUCCGGCCCCCGGGCCCGGCGCCCGGCGCCCCCCCCCGCGCGGCGACGCGCCAGCACGGUCUCCCACGUCCACCGAGGUGCCCGAGCCCGAGAGCGAGAUUUGCCGGCUGUGCGAAUACCCGAUCGCGGUUGAGGACUUCGCCACACACGCGGCCGCCUGCGUGCGCAUCCUGCCCGGGGCCUUCCCCGUGCCCGAGGUCCUGUGGCGGAUACGCGACUCGCGCGACCGGCUCUUCAACGUCCUCCGUGGCUACCACCGGAGCGCCUACCUGUUCUAUGCUUCCAGGCCCGCCAGCACCACGACCUCCUGCCAGGACACUCGCCCCGCCUCCAGGUCCGGGCCCAGGCAUGUGGCGCCGUCGCCGGACGCCGAGGCACCCCCGACGGCCGGGCAGGAGCCCGUGCCGGUGCCCGAGGCCGCCACCACGGGCAUGGGCAUGGGCGCGGGCGCGCCCGCCAGCACGCCCGGGCCCGGCCCCGAGCGCAUGGAUGUCCGGCCCCCCUCGCCGGAGGAGGAACACCGGCCACCGGUGGCGGCGGCCGACCCGGGCCACAGCCAGGAUGGGCCCGAGGCCCGGGCAUCGGCCAGCACGGACCACCACGCCCCGGCGGCCGGUCCGACUGGCCUGGCCGGGCCCGGGCCCGGGCCCGCACGCGACCGCUCCCAUCGUGGCGGCGGCCUCUUCUCCAAGCUCCGGCAUAUGAUUGCCCCUCGGGCGCGGGUGGGGUCCGGCGGCCGGCGGCACGGCGCCGCGGCCGGCCGCAAGGGCAGCCCUGCCGGCGGGCCUGCCGAGCCGGGCCUCGCCUCGCCGGUGGCCAGCCCUUCGCCCGGGGCGCCGGCCGCUGAUGGCUCCUCGUCCGCCGAAGUGAUGGUCAACUCGCCGGUGGCCAUUCCGGCGGCCAUGGCCACCCGGAGCCUGCCAGGGGCACCGGGCGGCGGCAGUAGCGACACCGGCAACACCCCUCCCGCCGGCCCAGCCGGGCCCGGCGCCAGCACGGCCCCGCCCCCGGCGCCCGGCGGCCUGCCACAAAGCAGCACCUGGGCCAAUGCCACGGCUCGCAUGGUGGCCCUUCGCCGGCGGGCCGGCGAGGAUGGGCCCCCCUCGGGUGGGCCUGCUCGCCAGGCCGGCCGGGCCAAGUUGACCGCCUCCAAGUCGGAUGGCGUGUUGCCGGAGUUCUGUCCUCCGGGUGCCGGCGAGGGUCCGGGCACGCCCGGGCCCACCUCCGGCACCGGGUCCCAAUUGAUCCUCAGCCCGCCGACCAGCCCCUCGCCCUCGGAGGGCGAAGAGCUGCCCGAGGCGCCGAAGCCCCAUCGGCCGGGCGUCCUGCCGCAGCUGCCCGGGCCCCCGGCCGAGGCGCAGGCCACCGAGCUGGACCCGCCGCGGAGCCGCCCGGCCCCCGGUCGCCGGAAUGGCGGGCCCCCGCGCGAGCGCCCCAAGUCCUGGACGUCCACCCCCUGGACGCCCCCGACGACGGAGUCCUCCCCGGCCGCGGCCCUCAGCCCGGACACCUCGCGCGCCAGCGACCCCGGCAAGGAGGCGGCCAUGCUGACGCCGGGCGCCGGGGCGGCCGCAUCCCCCGGGCCGGGGGCCCGCCAUGCCGGGGCCCUGGCGGCACCGGGCCCCACUUCGCCCCCGGGCAGCACGCGCGCCCGUGCCAUGGACGCCUUCGCCCUGUCGCGGUCGCCGCCAAACUCCAGCUCCAAUUCGCCCGGGUCGCUGGAUCGCGGGGCGCCAAUGUCACCGGACCUGGCGCCGGGGCCGGCGCCGCCGGUCGCCAGCCCCCGGCCGAGCACCGGGCCCCCGGCCGGGGACCCUUCGCACUUGGCCAGCCGGCAGAGCGCUUCGGUGGGAUCGACCCCCGGCGCCGGGACCGGCGACCAGCCCACCUCAAGCACCCUCUCCAGCAGCACCCUCUCCGAGUCGCCAAACCCCUCGGAGCUGCUGGCGCCCAGGCGGUCGUCCCGCGUCGGCGCCCGGCGUGCCCCCCAGUGGGACGAUCUGGUGCUGCUGGUGCAAAUUCGCCGGGCCAUUGUCCGCAUGAACUUGUGGGUGCCGAUGACCGGGACCUCGCCGGCCGGGGUGUCCACCGGCCAGCCCCGCCAGGCGGCCCUCCCGGCCACGACCGUCAUCCAGUCACUGGGCCGCUCCGGCGCGCGCAAGGGCCUCCCCCGGCACAUGCGCAAGGCUUUGCGGCAGUUCGAGCGCGUGUCCGGGCAGAUGCGCAUCUCCCUGUGCUCGGGCUUCGUGGCCGAGAGCACGCGCCUGCUGCCAUCGCGCAUCAACCGGCGCCUGACGCCGCUGAAUGAGCUCUGCCGGCAGAUCAACCUCUGGCGGUCGCGGUACAGCCCGCGCGAGUGCUCCCUGGCCAAUGGCUGGUCCGUGGACUUGAACUUCCAUGAGCUCGGCCUGCGCGAGUACAUCCCCGGGCAGUUCAACAGCGACAGCAACGACACCUUCGGCAUGUUCAAUGGCAAGACCUUUUCCGAGGCCCUGCUGGCGGUGGUGUCGCGCUUGGAAUCCAAGCCGGAUCCGGCGCUCUGGCCGCGCGGGCGCUUCUCCUCGCCGGUGGCCUCCAUCAGCCCGCGCAUCAGCGACCAGUCCUCGAGCACCAUGCGUCAGACCUCGGCCGAGUCGCUGCACUCGCAGCGCGACCCGGGCCAGCACCAUGAACAUCAGCAGCAGUACUUGCAGCAGCAGCAGUACCUGCAGCAGCAGUACCUGCAGCAGCAGUACCUACAGCAGCAGUACCUGCAACAGCAGCAGUCCCUACAGCAGCAGCAGCAGCAGCAGCAGCAGCAGCAGCAGCAGCAGCAGCAGCCCAGUCACCAGGCCCGCUGCAUGGGAUGGGAUGCUUGCAAUGUUCCCCAGUGCGGGGACAUGCACGCGCCCGAAGACAUGGAUGCCCUUCGCCAACACCCCUCGCAGGCGGGGCUUCCGCACGACCGGCUGCACUUCCUGCCCGGGCAUGAGCACCACCGCCAGCACCGGGCGCCGGAGCAGCCCCAGCACCAGGAGGACCCCCACACCAGCAUGGCCGGCCUCCUCCAGGUCCAGUUGCCGGAGGGCCCGGCUCCCCUGGGCACGGGCCUGGGCCCGUCACCCGGGGCGAGCAUGGCGGUGGCGCCGGCGAUGGCCGCCGGAUCGGCCCUUGUCAGUGCCGGCUCCGAGGCCGAGAUGCUGAUCCACUCGCCCCGGAGCUCGGUCGCCGGUGGGAUGGUGUCCGAUUUCGCCGAGGACAUCUAUGCCGAGGACUCCAGCCCCGGGGCAGGGACGCCGUGGCCGGCGGGUGGCCAUGCCCCGGCCGCGGCCCCCAUGCCGGCCUACUGGAACCACCCGGUCCUUCGGCGCUUGCGACCGCCGACCGAUGACGAGGGCACCGAGGCCGACACCGAGCUCAGCAGCAGCAGCAGCUCCGGCUCGGGGCUCCGGCCGGGGGCGGAAGACGGCAGCACCAGCCCCUCCCCGGGGCCGGAGUCCUCCGAGGACAGCGGCGCCGAGCGCGACGACGAGGCGGACGAUUCGGCGGCCAUGCUGCUGCUGCCGGCCGGGCAGCAGCAUCUGCAUUCCGAGCCUCUGCGCUUGGAAGGGGCCACCAGCGCCCUGGGCCCCGGGCAUAGCAGCGCCAUGGCGACCGGGCAUGCGAGUGCAUGCAGCAGUGGCUGCCAGUCGCCGGUGCAUCUGGCCGGCCCGGCCAGUGCCGACUCCCUGGAAGAGGUGAAAACCCUCCUGCGAUUGGAUGGCAUGCCGGCCGGCUGCCCGGGCGGCCGGGCCACCUGGCCCCCGGACGGCCCGGUGGUCCUGUUCCACGGCCGGGAGCGCCUGCACCACCAGACGGCCCAGUCGGGCGGGCCCAGCCGGGGCGCCUCGUCCCUCAGCCUGGCCGGCCGGACGCGGGCCCCUCCGCGGCACCCGGCCGAUUGGAAUCUCAUCGAGGCCAACCCGAAGCUCUUCAUCCACGGCAGCGAGAUGCAGGUCCUCCUGCGGCACCAGGCCUUCGUGCCGGGGCACCUGCAGGAGCCCCUUUCCGAUCCGGAGUCCUGCCAAUGCGCCGAGUGCUUCCGGGCCCUGCUCUCCCAGGGCACGCAUGUGACCCUGCUGACAUUGGACCCGCUGGCGCAUGGGAACGCCACCAUGGAGGGGCCCAAUGCGCCGGAGGACUUUGCCGAGAUGACGGCCUUCGACUUUGGCUCGCUCCACCGGGGGGCCAUCAAUUCGGACGACGCGGCGGCCGGGGUGGCGGCCCUGCACGCGGCCGACAUCGUGCCGCACAUCCCGCGGAAUCUGCCGGCCCUGCGGCGCUUCGCCCGGUCGGCCCUGGCCCAGGCCUACCUGAUCGGGGACUUCCUGCUGACCGAGGCGGCCCUCAUGGUGGGCAUGCCGGAGCUGGCGUAUGUCCAGCGCGGCCCCGGGGGGGGGAUGGCCACCGGGACCGGGCCCGGCAGGCCGGGCCUGCGCAUGCCCGGCCUCUCGCAAGUGGCCUUCGGCCUGCAGGAAACAAUGCUGCAAUUUGGCGACGCCGUGUCCACCGAGGCGCGGCUGCCAUUGCAGCGGUCCUGGUCGUCGGUCAUGAUGCCGGUCGGGGCCCUGGCCGGGGGCCGGGCCGAUGCGCAGCCCGGUGCCGCGCCCAUCUCCCUGCCCCCGCCGGACCCCCAUGCGCGCGUUGCCCCGAGCAUCGUCGAGUUGCCGCGCUCGCCCUCGGGCAAGCUCCUGACGCCGGCCCUCCUGCGCCUGGAGGGCCACUCGCUGGCCUCCAUCCGGGGGAUCUUCCGCCACAUGGCCGGCGUCAGCAUGGAGAACAACUUCCUGAGCGAGCUCCGCCAGGCCCUCCUGCCGGGGGCCGGCAUUCCCCUGCCGCACGUCGGCGACUCCGGCAAGCUCCUGGCCCCGCCGAGUGCCAGCGUGUCGGUCAAUGACUUCCAGGUGAUUAAGCCCAUUUCGCGGGGGGCCUUCGGCCGCGUGGUCCUGGCCCGGCAACGCCGCACCGGGGCCCUCUUCGCGGUGAAGGCCGUCCCCAAGCGGAUGGUUCCGACGGACGCCUCGGCGGCGGCCGCGGCCGCGGCCGCGGCGGCGGCAGCGGCCGCCGCGGCUGGCGGGGGCCCUGGCGGCGGCGCCGGCGGCGACGGACCGGCCGGCGCCGGCCAGGAAGACAAGUCGGCCAUCGCCGCGGCCGGGGCUCGCAUCGAGCGCGAGGUCAUGAUCGAGGCCGGCAUCGGGUGCCCAUUCCUGGUGCGCAUGUAUUACGCCUUCGAAACCGAGCGCAGCCUCUGCCUUGUGAUGGAGUAUGUGGCCGGUGGCGAUUGCGCGUCACUGCUAAAGAACAUCGGCAGCCUCGAUGAGCUGUGGGCCCGGCUGUACAUCGCACAGACGGCCGCGGCCCUGGCGCACUUGCACGAGCGCGGCAUCGCCCACCGGGACCUGAAGCCGGACAAUUUGCUGCUCUGCGCGCAGACCGGCCGCAUCAAGGUGGCGGAUUUCGGCCUGGCCCGCAUCGGCGCCACGGCCGAAGACUUCCUCUUCCCCCGGUCCGCCGGGGGGUCGGCCUACGGCAGUGACGGCACCGGCAUCGGGAAUGCCGCGGCCGGGGACUCGGGCCGCGGGCCCUUUGACGACCCCUUCGCCGGGUCGGCCGGAGCCCAGCACCCCUUACCGCCCUACCGCCAGGAGCGCGCGGCCGUCGGCACGCCGGACUACAUGGCCCCGGAGGUGAUCGGCGGCGAUGCCGGCGGCCCGGAAGUCGACUGGUGGGCCCUCGGCGUCAUUCUCUACGAGUUCCUGUAUGGCGUGCCGCCCUUCCACGCGCCGACGCGCGAGCAGAUUUUCGGCCGCAUCGUCCUGCGGGACAUCUCCUGGUCGGUGGAGUUCGCCAGCGACCUGGAGGAUGUGGACGCCGGGUCGACAUCGGAUGCCAGCCCAAGUCGGGGCUCCACCACCACCACCACCACCACCACCACCACCACCACCACCGGGGCCGUGUCCUCGGACGACUCCGACCGGACCCUGUACGCCGAGCCCACCGACAUGGCCGAAGCCGGGGGGCAGGCCAUUGCCAACUUGUCGGCGCCGGCCUCGCCGGAGGCGCUGACCCCGGCGGCCGGGCUGCGCCGCGAUUUGGAGGAGCAGCUGGCCACCUCCUGGUCGCAGGAGCGCCUGCACCGGAUGGCGGCCGCGGCCCGGGCCGAGGCGGCGGCCGCCGUCGCCGGGCCGAGCGAUGACUCGCCCGCCGGCGACCAUGGGACCUUCCCCAGCCGGCGCCUGGCCACCGAGCAGCGCGGGCGCUUCCACUACCUGUCCGGGACCCUGCGCCGGGUGAAGAAGCAGCGCUGGGACCGGAACAGCAACGACUCCAGGCCCCUGUCGGGCUUUUGGUCGAAUGUCCGCGGCCCGGGGGAGCUGCUGGCCUGGGAGCGGCAUCACGCCGAGGAGCGCGAUCGGCUGCUGCGGAAUUCGCCGGACCUCGGCGGGCCCGGCGGGCCUGGCGGCGAGCCGGAGCUCCUGGCGAGGCCGAUCUUCCUGCAGCCCCAGCCGCCCCUGCCGCCCAUGGCCCGGGCAUCGCCCUCGCCGGUGUCCGGGUCGACCUCCCUCUCGGCCUCGCACUCGCCGCUGCUGGGCCCGAGCAGCAGCAUGGCCGGCGCCAGCCCCGGCGGCGAGGAGGACCUCCGCCGGCGAAUGGUGGCCCUCCGGCGCCUGGGCGUUCUCCAUGGCGGGGCCUCCUCCCACGGGGACUUGGACCUGCACAGCGGGGCCGGCCGCACGGCCGGGCCAUCUCUGUCGGCCUUCUACAGCGACCCCUCCAACUUGCAGCUGUCGGAUGGCAUGGUCGGCGGCCGUGGCCGCCUGGGCAAUGCCGAGCAUCCGCAGCACCCGCAGACACCGUCCGCCGGCGCCAGCGGGGCCGACAGCCCGGCCACCACCCCGGCCAGCGCCCCCGGCGGGACCCCCUCCCCGAGGGCCGACCUCCGCCUGGACAUCGGCCGCGCGUCGAUGGGCGGCUCCAGCAGCUCCGACGGGGGGCCCAUGCCGUCGGAGGAGGCCACGUACAUCCCGAUUUCCUGGCACUCCUACAACAUCAUCAACCACCUGCUGAAUGCGGACCCGGAGCGCCGGCUCGGGUCCUUUGUGACCGGCGGCUCGCAGGCCGUCAAGGCCCACCGGUACUUCGGCCCCUGGCCCGGGCUCAUGCUGGGCCCGGACAACAGCCCGCUGCUGGACCAGACCCCCCGGGCGCAGGGCGGAUCCGGCAACUCCCCCUCGCCGCCGGUGUCGCCCGGGCGCGGGCCCGGGCAGCCGAUGGCCGCCGGCGACCUGCCCGGGGGGCCGGGCGCGGGGCCCGGCUCGGCAGCCGGCAGCUCGCCGGUGUCCCCGCGCGCCGGGUCCAUCCCCCGGCGCCAGCGGACCUACGGCAACCCCCGGGGCCUGCCGCAGCCGGUGUACAUCUGGGAGGAGCCCCCGGAGGCGGAGCAGAUCAACUGGCGGAACUUGGCCCACGCCGAGGCCUUCUUCAUCCCGCGCCUGCAGGACGACGCCGAUGUGUCGUACUUCGACCAGCGCGGCGUCGGCCCCAUGACCGACAUCGAUGGCGAUGACACGGACCUCACGGCGGCCACCUCGGUCGCGGCCACCAUCACCACCAACACCAACACCAGUGUCACCAUCACCGACACCAGUGUCACCAUCACCGACAGCAUGUCUAUCGGCACGCCCUCCGGCGCCAGUGCUUCGGUGCCCCUGCCGGCCCCGCUGGUGGCGGGCCCGGACCCGGCGCCCGGGGACCCGGCGCCCGAGCACCCGGCGCCCGGGGACCCGGCGCCCGAGGACCCGGGCCCGGCGUCGGCCAUGCCGCCCUCGGCGUCGCCCUCGCCGCCGCCGCCGCCGCCACUGCCGCCACUGCCGCCGCCGCUCGCCCUGACCACCUCCUCCAAUGAGCUGCUGGCCGACAGCCUGGCCACCGGGGAUGUGGCAUCGUCGGAGAAUUCGGAGCAGCCACGCCGGCCCCGGCUGUCGGCCUCGUCCUCCUCGCUGUCCGAUGGGGACCCGCUGCUGCUGCACUAUCAACUCCACCCGGCCCCCGGGCCGGCGGGCUACCUGUCAUCGAGCAAGGUCCUGGGGCCGUCGCCGCUGCCGCUGCCGCCGCUGCCGCCGCCGCCGCUGCCACAGCCGCCGCAGGUGCCCCAGGGGCCGCCGCCGCCGCCGCCGCCGCCGUUGGCGCUGGUGGCACCGCGUGCGGGCCAGCCCUCGCGCGGGUCGGCCGCCUCAUCAUCGCCCGAGGAGGAGGCGGAGGCCCGGCGGGCGGGCCUGUCGCGCUCGUCCUCGCGCGCAAUCGACUCCGGCGCCGAGGCCGACGUCUCGGAGGAGACCCUCACCCGGCCGCCGCCGCCGCCGCCGCUGCCAGCACCCUGGCCACAGGCCGGCCAGGAAGAGGCCAGCGCGCGGGCGGCCGGGCGGCCGGCCGCCGGGGGCCCCCCCGGCCGGGAGCACGGCCCCGGCGUCCUGCCGAGGCCGCCGCCACCCCUGGCGGCCCCGCCCCCGGCCGCCGGCCAUGCAACCAUCCACAGCUCGCGGCCGGCCACGAUGGAGGCCCUCCGGGUGGCCGAGCCGCCGACGGUGGUCGUGACCCCGGCCCGGGCGCGCCCCGCGGCCCAGGCCCCACUUUCGCCGGUGGGCACGCCGCCCUCGCGGCCGGGGGCCAGCCCGGCGGCCGCCGUCAAGUUGUAUCCCUGGCAGCGGGGCCGGGCGGCCUCGCCGCCGGCCGACCGCAGCGCCUCGGUCCUGCGAAUCCAGGCCCAGCAAUACAUGCGCCGGCUGGCCGCGGCCGACGACCGCCCCGGGGCCGGCAUCACCCCGGCCGGGAGCCUGUCCUCGUCGCCGGCCCCGUCGCCGGCGCCGGGCAGCCCGGCGGCCGCGCGGCAGGCCCUGUCCGGCGGCCGGUCGCUGUCCAGCCUGCUCGGCGGGUCCUCCUCGCGUGAUGUCGGCUACAGCGGCCAGUCCUCCACCGAUACGACCAACGGCCAGGCAAGCUCGGCCAGCCGGUCCGGCAAGAUCGGCAACUACCACUCGCAAACCUUCGGCGGCAAGCGCACCGUCAUGUCGGCCUCGCGGUCGGACCUGUCGCUCCUCCGGACCUUGGAGGAUUACCCGGAGUCCCUGGCCGCGUCCGGGCUUUCGGCCAUCUCCAUGGACUCGGGGGCAGUGCUGCUGACGUCGGCCGCCUCGUCGGCCAACCUCAUUGCCACGGUGCGACUGCCCUCCAGCCGGGCCACCUCGCACGAGCGGUCGGAGCCGGCGUCGGUCCUGGCGGACCUGGCGGCCGAGGCCGGGGUGCCCACCGGGGGCACUGGCUCCGCCGGGUCGGCCUCCACCGCCACGUCCUCGGCUGCGAUCAGCUCGUCGGCCACCUCCGGGCCCGGGGGCUCGCUUGCGGCUGCCCCCCCGGCCGGCGGCAAAUACGCCUUCGGCCAGUCGGGGCGCUACUCGACCUGGCACCACCGGGACCGGGGGGGGGCCUCGCUGGCCACCGGCAAGAGCCCGCAUGCUGAGGCCCUGCUGCUUCAGGUGAACCGCGAGGCCGUGGUGCCCGCUUCCUCGUCCGAGAGCGAGGUGGGCGACAGCAGCCAGGCGGCGCUGGCCGCCAGCACGGCCAGCGCCGUCGCCACCGGGUCCCCGCCCCCCUCGCCGGCGGCGGCGGCAGCGUCGGCCGGCCGGUCGAGCACCGACCGCGCGACCCGGCGCUCGGCCGCGCCGCGCAGCCCGGCCGCCAGCCCGCGCCUGGCGGCCGGCACCUCCGCCGUGCCGGGCCCGAUCGCCGUGCCGGGCCCGAUCGCCGGGCCCUCGACGCCCGUGUCGCCGGACCCGGGCACCCGUGGCCUGGGCCGCGGCCGGCGGCUGGCUCCCCAGGCCGCGGCCCUGUCCACGGCGCCGGCCAAGCGCCCCAGCCCGCUGCGCACCGGGGCCGUCUACUCGGCCGAGGCCCAGGCCACCGAGUCGCAGUCGGACUCGGGGGCUCUGUCCGGCUCGGGCCCGACCCCGACCCCGACCGGGGUCUUCAGUGAUGCCGGCCGGCCGGUGGUGCGGCUGGACCUGCCGCCGGCCGGCAUGGACGCGGAGCCCGGCCGCCGGCCGCCGCCGCCCUCCACCCCCAACACACCGCUGGAGAGCUCGGCCCCGGCCGGCGAGGGAGGUCCCCCGGCCCGGCGGCCGGCCGGUGAGGCAGCCGCCCCGGGCCCGGCCCCCACGGCCCGGCCACCGGCAGGACCAAUGGGCGGCCUGCCCUCGCAGGACCGGGCGCCGCAUGCGGCGUCCAGCGGCCCGGCCGCCGACCAGCCCUCCCGCCCAUCGGCCGCCGGGGGGGCGUCCUCCGCCACCGGGGGCGGGACCUCCACCACGCCGGACCCCCCGAGCACCAGCACCAGCGCCAGCACCAGCACCACCUCCGGCGCCGGCGCCGGCGCCGGCGCCGGCGCCGGGCGAAGCCCCCUGCAGGUGGCCAGCCCCCUGGCCACCUCACGGCCGCACCUGGCCGCCGGGGUCAUCACCUCCGGCGGCACGGCGGCCGGGGGGCCGGCGGCCGGGGCCGGGCCGGCGCCCCCGCGCCCCGGCUCGCCGCUCCCCCCGCGCACCCCGUCCGAGUCCUCGUCGGCCACCCUGUCCGGGCUGUCGGCCACCGGCAGCGGCCUGGUCAGCGCCACGCCCUCCAUGACGUCCAUGGUGCCGGCCCUGGUCGGGACCGGGGCCGGGCUCCGGUGCACCAUGUGCGGCAGCACCAGCUGCCCGACGGUCUCCUCCGGCGGGGGCUUCAUGCUUGGCGAGUGCUCCGGCUUCGGGUACCGGAAUUAUGGCGUCCUGCGGGAGGACAACCUGCUGCUGGCCCGGCGCCUGUCCACCUCCUCCCCCAGUGGCCUGUCCAACAUCAAGUCCCUGGUGACGACCCCGGUUUCGACCUCCUCCUCGCCGACCUCCUCCUCCUCGCCGAUGGGCGGCUUCGCCAGCACGAGUGUCCCCGCGGCCGGGGGCGCCUGGCUCGGGCCCGGCGCCAGCGGCCCCAAUGCCCCGGCCACCAGCUCGCCCUUCAACCCCGAGCGCCGGGGCAGCAUCGGGUCCGGCACAUCCAGCCCCGGGGCCCGGCGAGCCAGCUUCAGCGGCCAGCAUCGCCCGGGGCCCGGGACCGCGGCCGCCCCGAGCACCAGCGACCUGGGCGGCCUGAGCAGCGCCGGGUCCCCCGGGGCCCCCGGGGCCCUGGGGCACAUCCUUUCGCCGCUGGGCCCGGGCCCGGGGCCCGGCUCCGGCGGCCCCGGCCCCGGGCCGCACCAUGUGCGCAGCAUCAGCACCGGCAACCCGUCGCUGCUCCUGCAACACCCGCACCUGGCCCCCGGGGCCGGGCCACCGAGCGGCAUCGUCACGCCGGUGCCCCUCGCGGAACCCCCGACGCAGCAGCACUAUGGCGGACCCCCGGCCGCCGGUCCCGGCCCCGGCAGCCAGGCCCACUUCCACCCCCAUGCCUCGUCGGGCUUCCCCCCGUCGCAGGCGCCCUCCUCGGCCAGCUCCUCGGCCAGCGGCCUGGACAGCCCGUGGACCGGGCUGGCUCCGCCGCCGCCGCCGACCCCCGGCAUCCGGCGCAAUGUCUCGCCGCCGAUGCUGUCCCCCGGCGGCCCGGGCCUGUCGCCGCUGGCUCUGAAUGCCGCCGGCCUGCCGAGCGGCUCGCUGUCCGACCGGUCGCACUCGCCCACGGCCGUGUACCACCCCUUUGCCGGGCCCUACCCGGCAGCCGGCCACCCGACCGCCACGCACCGGGGCCCGCGCACGGGCAUCUGCCGGUCCACGAGCGCCAGCGAAUUUGCCCCCUUCCUCUCGGCGCCCCCCUCGUCCCCGCUGUCGGAGUACCCGUGCAGCGCCCGGUCCAGCGGGUCGUCCUCCUUCUCGGCGCACCUGUCCGACAUGGCUGGCAGUCGGCCGACCACGCCCGGCGGCGGCGGCGGCGGCGGCGGCGGCGGCGGCGGCGGCGGACCCGCCGGCGGCAGUCGCCACGACCCGCUGGACACCGGCUUCUGGUACCAGGCCCCCGGCGGGGGGCAAGGCCCGUCGCCGUAUGGCGGGCAUCCGCCCCCGCUGGCGCCGGCCCCGGUGCCCGGCGGCCCGGCACCCGGCCGCAUGUUUGGCAUCGGCGAGUCGGACACCUCCUCCGGCGAGGCGGCGCAGCUGGCACGGACGCUGGACCCGGCACUGGCCGCCGCGGCCGCCGGGCCCCGGCCAUCCCCCUCCUGCUCCUCGUCCCCCCACUCGGCCGGCAUCGCGCGGUCGUCCUCCUCCUCGUCGGUGGCCUCGAUGUCGGCCGCCUCGCCGCCCGGGUAUCCCCCCCGGUCGGGCCACCACCGGGCCAACCACCGGCCGGACGACUUGCUGCCCCUGCUGCCGGCCGGGGAGUACGGCCCGGCCGGGCCGCCCGGCAGCGUCGGCAUCAGCCCCAGCUCCCUCGGGGCGCCCGGGCCCUCGGCCGGGGGCGGGGGGGCCCUUCGGCGGAACUUCUCCUCCGGCUCGCUGCACCGGUUCCACUUGCAGGGGACCGGCCCGACCGGCAUCGGGCCCGGCGGCAUCACCGGCGCCGGCACCAUCCCCGGGCCGCCGCGGACCACGACCACGCCGCGUACGCCGCGCACCCCGCGCACCCCGCGCACCCCGCUGGGCCAGUCCAAGUUCUGGGUGACCGGGUCCUCCUCGGCCUUGAACUCGCCCCAGGGCUGGCGCUCGGCCGCCGGGGCCUGGCGCAGCCCCGACGAAUCGUCCCCCCUGUCGGACUUCCCCGGGGCCGGGCCACCGAUGGCCGACGGGCCGGACGGGGCCGGGACCCCGCCCCCGGGCCCGGCCCAGCAUGCCCCCUUCCUGGCCACGGUGCCCGGGCCGCGACACCACCGGUCCCAAUCGGCCGUGCUGGCCCCGGGCCCCGGCGACCCGGCCUCCCACCCAUACAUGCAGCUUCACCACCAGCAGCAGCAGCAGCUGCAGCAGCUCCAGCUCCAGCAGCAGGGCUACCACCAGCCCUUCGCCUGGCGGGCCCCCCGGCGUGGGUCCAUCUCCUCCGUGUCGGAGUACGCCUCGCGCGGGGGCGGGCCCGGGGGCAGUGGCCCAGGCGCCCGGAUGCCCGGCGGCCAGCCGGGCCCCUCGAUCGCCAUCACGUCGCCCCUCCGCCCGGCCGGCCUCGGCCCCGGCCCCGGCCCCGGGCCCGGACCCGGGGAGGACGCCUUCAUCCUGGGGUCCUCGCGGUCCGGCUCGCCCUGCUCAUCGUCCGCCUCCUCCACGGCAUCCUCCUCCUCGUCGUCCGGCGGCGGGCCGGGCCUGAUCCGCGGGCCCGGCAGCGGGCUCCUCUAUUCCCUGUCGGGGCCAUUGCUCCUGGCCAGCGUGCCCACCGGGCCGCCCAUGCACCCGGUCCCGGAAGGCGGCCCGGUGGACGCGGCCACCGGGUGGACGGCCGUCGGGCAAUUCCUGCCCCGCGUCGAGCCGGACUCCGACGGCGAGGACCCGGCCGCCGGGCAGCCCUUCCAGCUGUCGCAGAUGUCGCCCCGCACGGCGGCCGAGGCGGCCAGCAACCUGCUGCAGGCCCGGCUGGCGGGCAGCCGCGCGGCGCGAAUCGCCCGCCGCCUGCUGGCCCUGCGGGCCCCGCGGCUCCUGACGGCCCUCAUUUGCGACACGGUCACCGACAAUGCCACCUACCUGAAGGACCUGCUCAUGGGGGCCUGCCUUGGGGACCAGGAACUCGCCAGGCCCCGGCGCCCGGGCGCCUUGGACUCGUCGCCGCACCGGCCGCCCGGCCACCUGCCUGCCGCCCUGGCCAUGGCCGGUGAUGCCCCGGCAGGCGGCACGGCGCCGGGCACCAUGGCCAUCGGCACCGUGUCCUGCGGCGAGGCAAAGGGCAUUCGCUGCGACACCGCCGAGGCCCAGGGCAGCCUGCCUGCCAUGCGGGACGGCCCGCAGCCGGUUCCCUUGGCCAGCCCGAGGCACAUGAGCUCGCCCGGCAUGGGGCCCGGCCCCGGCUUCGAGGCGCCGGACCCGGCGGCCGUCGACCCCUCGGUCUCGUCGGACUUGCAUGCCGUCAGCUCGACCUAUGUGGCUGGCGACAUCUCCCUCGGCCCGGCAACCGGCCUGCCGCGGCCCGCCCCCCGGGGGUCGUCCCCCCGGCCGGAGGCCGCCCCGGUGUGGCCCAGGCCUCCGGCCACGCCAGACCCCCCGGGCGGCUAUCAGCGCCUUCCGGCGCGGCUGUGCCACCUGACCUAUAUCUUCCACCGGGUGGACAUGCUCCGGUCGGUGGUCGGCAGCCUGGAGCUGACUCUCGGGUCGGGGUCUGGCUGCGAGGAGCCGCUGAUCAUCGUCGACGGCUACGCGGCGCGCGUCGUCCACGAGCAUCCCCUCUCCUCGCCGUGCUCCAGUGCCGGGUGUGGUGAGAGCAGCUCCCAUCACCAACAGUCGCAGCCGCAGCCGCAGCCGGAUUCCCUUCACCAUUACCCAAGCUCCCCGCCGCCGGGCCACCCAGGCCAGACUUCCAGCUCCAGUGCACCCAGGCCGGGCGACCUUCACCACAAUCAUCCGCAUCAUCAUCCUCAUCACCACCACCAUCACCAUCACCACCACCACCAUCACCACCACCACCACCACCACCAGCAGCAGCAGCAGCAGCAGCAGCAGCAGCAAUGGUGCUCCAGGUCGCCGAGCAUGGACAUCUCCCUGCAGGACCUCUCGCCAUCGGCCUCGGGCAGCCUGGUCAGCCUGCCCAGCAUGGGGGAUCUGUCCCUGAGCUCGCGGCAUGUUGAGACCUGCAACUUUUGCGCCGGCCGGAUCUUGGUCGAAGUGCCGGGCGGCGGGCUCGGCCCCGCGCGCCCCCGGUCACUGGACCCUGCCCGGCCCACCUCCGAGGAAGACCACUUCAAUGAUCGCCUGGAAUUGUCUCGGCGCCUGGACAUCAUGCCCAAUACCUCGUCCAUGUUCUUGCUGCCCCACGGCCAGAACGUGGCCCUGGCGGAUGCGGCCCCGGGCCCGGAGCCGCCUCCCUCGCCGUGUCCCCUGAGCCUGGACGACCUGCAGGACACAUCGGGCUUCCGGCUGGGCCGGCGCAAUGACACGCCGCCGGAGGAACUCGACCCCUUCUCCUCCAUCAUAGGCCUGCUGUACCAUCGCCACAACAUGAAGGGCCCGGCCCUGGGCGGGCCCCGGCAGUGGGGGCCCCACCUGCCAGGCAUCGGCCGGCGCCACGACCUGGCCAACCUCAUCGGCGGGCAGCCCAUCAAAAAUUGGCUGUUCUGGAUCCGCGAGGUGGAGCAGGUUGACGAGGAGAAUGACACCCUGGGCGAUGAAUGCCUGUGCCUGGACUAUCAGAGGCCCGUCAACAAGUGGAACAUCAUCUUCGUGGAUUGUGACCGCCGCCCGGAGACCGUGUGCGCCGUGCUGCGCAUUCUCCAAUCCACCCGCGGGCCGAAUCGAAACGCCAAGGUGGUCGCCGCCUUGACCAUCACAACUGCCCUCAGCCGACAGGGGUACCAUUAUGUGUGCUCGGAGUGCCAUCGCCCCCCGGAGGGGCCGUUGCCAGGGCGCCGGGUGCCGCCUCCCCCAUCGGCCCGGGGGCCGGCAUCCGACGAGGGAGGGGCUGCCACCACAACCCGCUCGGAUGAGCCCCAGCCGCCGGUGGUGGACUUCUGCAAGUGCGACCACCGCCACGAUCAAGAGGCCGUCCUGCGGCGGCUGGAGCCCUCGUGGAAGCGAAAAUUCGACCAGCGCACGGAGGCCCUGGAGCAGCGCUUCCCCGGACUCUUCCAUGCCUUUAUUCGCAAGCCCUACCGGGUGGAGGAUCUGUCACUGCUAGAACGGACCCUGCUGGCCGGGCAUCGGUCCAGCCCGUUGGUGCACACCCAGACCACGCUCCAUCCUGCGGAUAUCUGAACACAAAGGCCCGCGCGCGCGCGCGCGCUCACACAC